UUUAAUUAUUCAAAAUGGCGGCAGCUAGGAAGCUAGAGUUUUAUCCAGCAGGAACUCCCGAGCUUGUUCGUAGCAACCAAAAGGACCUCUAUUACCGUGACUACGUUACUUCCCUACUCUCUGACCUGACGGAGCCAUUGCUGCCAAGAAGAUACUGGCUACUGUAUCAGAGAGAAUUACAGCUCCUGGCUGAGCUAUUGUAUUAUUCACUAACUACUCUGAAUGGUAAUCAGACUCUGGGGGAAGAAUAUUGCAAUAUAGUGCAAACCAACGGGCCGGCUAUACCGUCCAUUAGUAGAAGGAUAGUGUCUGUAGUGUUACAUGUGGUGGGUCGAUAUGUCCUUGAGAGGGGGGCGGGGCUUAUUAGGAAGUACACUACCAAUAGGACCAUGGAGUAUGUCAUGGGGAAUGUUGAAGAAAUAAUGAAAAUAUCAAAUCAAAUUCAUUUAUCUUUUUUCUAUCUGUUUGGUGUCUAUCAAUGGUUGAGCAAGAGGAUAACAAGUAUCAGAUACAUAAUGAUAAGAUACUCACUAACAGCGACACCACCCAAUCCAUAUAAGCUGUUAGGCCUACUCAUAAUGCUACAAUUAGCUAUUAAAUUAAUGACAAGGAUCAAGAGCAGUGUAUGGAGUAGAGAUGAAGAGACUAAGGACAUUCUUAACAAAGCUGGUGCGACUAAUGGUGCUGUUGUAUCUUCAAUAAAAUGUUCCCUAUGUCUUGAGAAUUGUACGUGCCCCACAGUACCUCCUUGCGGUCAUUUGUACUGCUGGAGCUGCAUCAUAGAGUGGGUCAGUGAGAAAGGGAACUGUCCUUUAUGCAGGAACCCUACCCAACCACGACAGUGUGUUCCUUUACAAAAUUUCCAAUAAAAUAUUGUAUAUAAUGAUUAUAAAUGAGUAAUAAUAAUAUAUAUAACAUAAUGACAAUAGUAAAGUGACAAA